GCUUGACCAGAACAGCCCAAAAGACCAGUGGAAGUUAAAAUCAUCCAAGAAUAAAAAAACACUUUCUCACAGGGUGUGUGGGACAGAAACUGUUCUCUUAUUUCUUCCACUUCAGCUAAUCAGAGCUCAAUAGCUUCAUCUCAAAGGAAAAUAAGCAACCAAACCAACAAAAAUCAUGAGCACUGAAGAACCCAAGAGGAGCAUCACCGGAGGUCUGGUGGGUAAACCCAUCUCAGAUGAUCGGAAAGUCUCUCCGGAUACAGCUCCCAUCCCCAAGAAAAUCAUCAUCAAGAACGCAGACAUGAAAGACGAUAUGCAGAAAGAGGCUGUUGAUAUUGCCAUCGCCGCGUUCGAGAAGCUCAAAGUAGAGAAGGAUGUAGCUGAGCACAUAAAGAAGGAGUUCGAUAGAAGGCAUGGACCCACUUGGCAUUGCAUCGUUGGUCGGAAUUUUGGCUCAUACGUGACUCAUGAGACAAACCACUUUGUUUAUUUCUAUUUGGACCAGAAAGCAGUUCUGUUAUUCAAAUCUGGGUGACGAGGACGGAGAUCUCCAUCAAGAAGAUGGGGACAGUGGUGAUCAUUAUGCUAUGUAGUUAUUGGCUGCUGUAUGUAUUUAACCAAAUCCACUGGCAUGCAAAAAACUCUAGCCAGAGAUUACUGUGCCCAAUUUGUAUGUUUAAUUUCACUUGAAAUGGUUUUGAACUUUGGAUUGAAAUGUGGCCUUUCCUCGGUUGCUUUA